AUGCGCUCGAACGCUCCCUCGGGCUUGGCGAACGCCUUUCGCUUCUUGCGGAUAACCCACACCCCGACUGCGCGACCAUCGAUAUUACCGAGCACCGGCGUUGCUACUCGAAUCGUCCCCGGUCCUCAAAAUGUCAGGUUGUUCUCUGCGUCGGCAUCCAUGGCUGGCAACUGGCUGGAGCCGUCGCUGGAUCGCAAGAAGAAGAUGAUGAAGGGUCGGGUACGGGUGGCUACCGGUGGAUCUACAAAGGGCACGACCGUGCAAUGGGGAGACUACGGUCUGCGCAUGACCGACCACCAUCGACGGAUCAGUGCUCAGCAGCUCAAGGUCGCCGAAGAUACCAUCAAGGCGCGGCUGCGUGGUCAGAAAUAUCGGCUGUACAAGAGGGUAUGCUGUAACGUGGGUGUCUACGUGAGCGGUAACGAGAUGCGUAUGGGUAAAGGAAAAGGUUCAUUUGACCAUUGGGCCGCCAGAGUUGCCGUUAACCAAAUCAUCCUGGAGUUGAGAGGGAUGCUUCACGAACAGGUCGUUCGCGAUGCGUUCCGCUUGGCGGGCAACAAGCUGCCUGGGCAAUGGGAGUUUGUGAAGAAGGGAGAGCCGGCAAUAGUUGGCAUAACCAAACUGGAAAAUGGCGUCACACUGGAAGAUUUGAAGAGGCCGAGACGAAAGGUUGUUGCCGAGACUCUGGUACCACUUCCGACGACGGAAGAGCACCGCACACCGUUAGAUCUUCCCUAG